UCGAUUUAGGACCACACGAAAUCCCACCUCCAAUUUGCAUUAUCCCAUAAUCCUCAAUCCAUCGCCUCUCUUUCAGUUGUGUGUCAAUCAGAAACGGAAAAUGGCGGCAGAAUCCGUGAUGAAAAUGUCAUCCACCGCCAUCUGCAACUUAAAUCGGAGACCUCUGCCGCUUGUAUCUCACUCCACUUCCUCUGCCGCAGUUCGUGUUGCGAUUGCCUCUGCUUCCACAAAUAUCUCAACUUUGCGCCAGAACCAGAAGAGGAGGAGCUUCUCUGUGUUUGCAUUGGCUGCAGAGCCAAAGAUUUGGAGAAAGCUGGUUUCAACUUCGUUGGCUGCAGCUGUGAUUUCCUUUACCACUGUUAACAUGUCUGCCAUGGCUGAUCUGAAUAAAUUUGAGGCAGAAACUCGGGGAGAAUUUGGGAUUGGAUCGGCUGCUCAAUUUGGCUCUGCAGACCUCAAGAAAGCUGUUCAUGUUAAUGAAAAUUUCAGAAGAGCCAAUUUCACAGCUGCUGAUAUGAGGGAAUCGGAUUUCAGUGGUUCCACUUUCAAUGGGGCAUAUCUUGAGAAAGCUGUUGCCUUUAAAGCCAACUUCACAGGUGCGGAUUUAAGCGACACUCUAAUGGAUCGCAUGGUGCUAAAUGAAGCUAAUCUGACGAAUGCUGUCCUAGUUAGAUCUGUGUUAACACGCAGCGAUCUUGGUGGUGCUAUAAUCGAAGGCGCUGAUUUCAGUGAUGCCGUCUUAGACCUUCCUCAGAAACAGGCGCUUUGCAAGUACGCCAAUGGCACAAAUCCAAUAACAGGAGUAAGCACUAGAAAAAGCUUGGGGUGUGGGAAUAGUAGAAGAAAUGCAUAUGGUUCUCCAUCCUCCCCUCUGCUGAGUGCUCCUCCACCGAAGCUCCUCGAUCGCGACGGUUUCUGCGAUUCCGCCACCGGCCUUUGUGAGGCAAACUGACGGAUGGUACUAUCAAAUAAUGUUAUGACCAAAGUAAAUUGGAUUAGAUACUUUCACAUUCAUCUUUAAAACUUGGUUGAGUACCAAUUUGUUUUAGGGAAAAUUGUGUUUUAAAUCAUAAAUUUUGUAUAUUUUUCAAUGACCCCAUAAAAUUAAAAUUUUGAUAAAAUUUGUUGUGACUUUUGUACUUUU